CCGCCCCGCUCCCCUCUGACCCGGUGUCUCGUCUCGCCGUCUUCCUGUUCCAAACCACGUGGACGCGCGGGGGGCUGCGGGGCCGCGAGAGGGAGCCCAGGUCGCCGCCGCCACCGUCGCCUCCGCGGACUAGGUCGCGACCCCAGACUCCCGCGUCGGAAGCCGCCGCGCGCCGGCCGCCCCCCGGGUCCCGAGGGCGCGCACAUGGCGACUCCGGCGCACUCGCUCAGCUACGCGGGCAGCAACUUCUUGCGGCAGCGCCUGGUCCUGUCCACCCUGAGCGGCCGCCCUGUCAAAAUCCGAAAGAUUCGGGCCAGGGACGACGACCCGGGCCUCCGAGAUUUUGAAGCCAGCUUCAUCAGACUGUUGGACAAAGUCACUAAUGGUUCUCGAAUUGAAAUAAACCAGACAGGAACUACCUUGUAUUAUCAGCCUGGCCUGCUGUAUGGUGGAUCCGUGGAACAUGACUGUAGUGUUCUUCGAAGCAUUGGUUAUUACCUGGAAAGUCUUCUUUGCCUGGCUCCAUUUAUGAAGCACCCACUACGAAUAGUUCUGCGAGGAGUGACCAACGACCAGGUCGACCCUUCGGUUGAUGUUCUUAAGGCAACAGCCCUCCCUCUCUUGAAACAGUUUGGGAUUGAUGGUGAAUCAUUUGAGCUAAAGGUUUUGCGCCGGGGUAUGCCUCCUGGAGGAGGCGGUGAGGUGUUCUUCUCCUGUCCUGUAAGGAAGGUCCUGAAGCCCAUUCAGCUCACAGAUCCAGGAAAAAUCAAGCGUAUCAGAGGAAUGGCGUAUUCUGUGCGUGUGUCACCUCAGAUGGCCAACCGGAUUGUGGAUUCAGCAAGGAGCAUCCUCAACAAGUUCAUACCUGACAUUUACAUUUAUACAGACCACAUGAAAGGAGUCAACUCUGGGAAGUCUCCCGGCUUUGGGUUGUCACUGGUUGCUGAGACAACCAAUGGCACCUUCCUCAGCGCUGAACUGGCUUCCAACCCUCAGGGCCAGGGAACAGCAAUGCUUCCAGAAGACCUGGGUCGUAACUGUGCCAAGCUACUGCUUGAAGAAAUCUACAGGGGUGGAUGUGUGGACUCAACCAAUCAAAGCCUGGCUUUGUUGCUCAUGACUCUUGGACAGCAGGAUGUUUCCAAAGUACUGCUAGGACCACUCUCUCCGUACACGAUAGAGUUUUUGCGGCAUUUGAAGAGCUUUUUCCAGAUUAUGUUUAAAAUUGAAACCAAGCCUUGUGGUGAAGAACUCAAGGGUGGGGAUAAAGUGCUGAUGACCUGUGUUGGCACUGGCUUCUCGAACCUCAGCAAGACCCUCAAGUGAUGCCAUCACUGGAUAACACCCCGACACCUGCAAACACAGCGAAUGCUGUAAGGACUCCACUGGGAUCAUGUUCAGUUUCAUCCAGGACAGGAUAGACUCUUAUCUCAAGGACUUUUGUCAGUUUCCAGUUCAGAAAAAGGCAUCAUCACAUUCAAAUCAAAUCAAGGCCAUGUCUGUGUUCAGCAGUUUCCAGCCAUUCUGCCGGUGAUCCUGCCAUCCCUUUGGAGGUCCUGUUGUGACGAGAACCCCCAUGGCUCACCUGCGUAAGAGUCUGCCUUUAGGACACGGCUGGGCUGCUGGAACAGCAUCACAGCUCUUGCAACGUCUCUUCAGCCUUCAUCCUGGCUUUGGGUCACGGGGCCAUUUCCCAAGCUCAGAGAGGCCUUGCCUCCACCUUCUGCAGGGCCUACCUCUUUGUGCCUCAGUUUCUGUGUUGGGAUUAAAUGUACUAAUAAAGGUGGAAGUGCUUUUUGA